GACGUGGCAGAUAGAGCUGCUAAGGGAGACAAGACUAUGUUCUCUGCUUUUAUGUCAGCAUAUUGGCUGGCAAAACAUGAAGUGGCCAACUCCAAACUUUUGUCCCUUCUUAAACUUCUUGAAACAUCUGGAAUAGAGCAUAUGAAAUAUUUUUCAUACAAAGGUGAGGAAACACUUCGUGAUAUUUUUCUAACAAUUGGUGAAGUAAUCCAAGAUACAAUCAUACAACAAGCAACUCAAGCUGGAUGCUAUGGUAUUUUAAUGGAUGAAGUAAGUGAUAUUUCAGUUCUGGAAUUAUUAGUAACUUUCAUACAGUAUGUUCAUGACGGGGAAGUGAAAACAAAUUUCCUUUUUGUUGAAGACCUCCUCAAGGCCUCCAGCUCAGCUGAUGCAAACACUAUCUAUACA